UGAACUUAAGUGACAUCCCAUUCUUAAUCCAUAGGGUUUAAUAUGACGUCGGCCCACCCUUUGCAGCUAUAACAGCUUCAACUCUUCUGGGAAGGCUUUCCACAAGGUUUAGGAGUGUGUUUAUGGGAAUUUUUGACCAUUCUUCCAGAAGCGCAUUUGUGAGGUCAGACACUGAUGUUGGACGAGAAGGCCUGGCUCGCAGUCUUCGCUCUAAUUCAUCCCAAAGGUGCUCUGUCGGGUUGAGGUCAGGACUCUGUGCAGGCCAGUCAAGUUCUUCCACACCAAACUCGCUCAUCCAUGUCUUUAUGGACCUUGCUUUGUGCACUGGUGCGCAGUCAUGUUGGAACAGGAAGGGGCCAUCCCCAAACUUUUCCCACAAAGUUGGGAGCAUGGAAUUGUCCAAAAUCUCUUGGUAUGCUGAAGCAUUCAGAGUUCCUUUCACUGGAACUAAGGGGCCAAGCCCAGCUCCUGAAAAACAACCCCACACCAUAAUCCCCCCUCCACCAAACUUCACAGUCGGCACAAUGCAGUCAGACAAGUACCAUUCUCCUGGCAACCGCCAAACCCAGACUCGUCCAUCAGAUUGCCAGAUGGAGAAGCGUGAUUCGUCACUCCAGAGAACGCGUCUCCACUGCUCUAGAGUCCAGUGGCGGCGUGCUUUACACCACUGCAUCCGACGCUUUGCAUUGCACUUGGUGAUGUAUGGCUUGGAUGCAGCUGCUCGGCCAUGGAAACCCAUUCCAUGAAGC